ACACACACAAACAACUUCGGUUUCCAGAUCGGCAUGUUUAGGUUAGCGCCAAUUUCAUCCUGCUCUUUCGUCGGUAAAAACAAAUCGUGUUAAUAUUCUUCCGGCGUUGCCACUUUGCUUAGCGCUGCAAUAACCCAAUUCCAGAAGUGUGAAAGUGCGUCGAACACGAAUAAAAUGAGCAAGCGCAUUGAUUUUUUGCGGUCGAUCAUCGACUCCUCAUCGGCCUCCAGCUCGGUCGAUGGAUCAGGAUCACAGGACACCUCUGCCAACCGGGACAGUGGAUACCGCACGGAGGUGUGCUCCAAUACCGAUGACCAGCAGCAGCAGCAGCAUCACCAACAACAGCAACCGGUAGCCGGCCCUGGACGUGGUCGGGCCCGUGCUCUUGCCGCUCUGCUCGCACCACCAAAGCCUACCGAUGGAAGCUUACCGCUAGCAGCGGCCAUGCCAAAUCUCACCAUCGGAGGCCGGGGACGAUUUCUGCAAAAAUUGCUGAACAAAGAGCAAUCGUCCGCUGAACCCGGUGCGAGCAAAACUUCCGAUGUGGCUUCCAGCAGCUCUUCGGGGGUUGGCGCACCUACUGCACCGGCCGAAGGUUUGCGAAAGCUGCAACCAGCCCAACCAUCGCGUGCGCCAAAGGAAGACAGUUUUGUGCUUCGCGAAACGAAAGAGCCCCAAGAGCGCGUGAAUCGUACGGGAACGAACGGCACACCGCUUCAGAUAAUGAGCAAUUUCAUGGAGCUUACAUGUUCCAAGGAUAGAGGAAUUUUCCUGUACACGGUCGACUUCGAACCGGACGUUGAGUCGAAACGGGCACGCCAACAAUGUAUCGACAGACAUAGCGAAAUAUUUGGCAAGGCAUACACGUUCGACGGACGCAUACUGCUGCUUCCGAAAUCCAUCUCGCAGGAGCGAAUGGUGAUCCCGACGAAGCUGCCAACCGACGGAACGCCCGUCCAAAUGACGGUUGUGUUCCGGGUACAGCAGCGCAUGAGUCAGAACGUGAUGCUGUACAACAAGCUGUUCCGGCGCGUCAUGUAUAUUUUGCAGAUGUCCGAGAUGGGGCGCAAGCACUACGACCCCACACAGGCCCGCAUCGUGCCGCAGCACAAGCUGGAAAUUUGGCCCGGCUUCGUAACGGCGGUGGACGAGUACGAUGGCGGAUUGAUGCUGAAUCUCGACGUCACGCAUCGCGUCCUAAUGCAGACGACUGUGUACGCGCACAUGAAGACAAUCGCAAUGUGCCGUGAUGCGCAGUUUCGGGACAAUGUGGUCAAGUCGCUGCUCGGAUCGGUCGUCCUAACGCGCUACAACAAAAAGACGUACCGGAUCGACGAUGUGCUGUUUGAUCUGAACCCAAUGUCCACGUUCCGUUAUGGCGAACGCGACAUUACAUACGUCGAGUACUACAAGCAGCAGUAUAGCAUCGACAUCCAUGACCAUCAGCAACCACUGUUGCUGAAUCGACAGGAGCGCAAGGUUGCCAACAAGGAAACGCCGCAGGAGCUAUCGAUCUGUUUGGUGCCGGAGCUCUGCUACCUAACCGGGCUGACUGACGAUAUGCGAAAGGAUUAUAAGGUAAUGCGCGAUAUUGCUACGUACACACGCAUCACGCCCAACCAGCGCCUUAUGGCGAUGCAAAAGUUUUGCGAAAACGUCAACCAAAACGAAGCGGCGCGCAAUCUGCUAGCGUCCUGGGGUUUGGAACUGAAGACCACACCGAAGGUUAUGUCCGGACGGCAGCUUCAGAUCGAAAACAUCACUUCGGGCGGUGGAACGGUUGGCAGUGCCGGUCCGAACGCUGACUUCACCCGUCAAGUUACCAACAAUCCGAUGCUGGAAAUUGUCCACCUCCGCAAGUGGCUGCUUGUGUACACGCAGCGUGACGAGCGGACGGCAUCGGCUUUUAUGGACUGUGUAAAGCGUACCUGCAAACUGCUCGGCAUGGAGAUCGUACAGCCACAGAUCGAGAUACUGCCGCAGGACAACACGCAGCUGUACAUUCAGGCGCUGCGCACCCGCAUCCAACCGGGGACGCAGAUCGUUCUCAUCAUCUGUCCGACGUCACGCGACGAUCGGUACGCGGCGAUCAAACGGCUGCUCUGCACGGAGGUACCGAUCCCAUCGCAGGUCGUCAACGCGCGCACACUCGCCAACGAUAAGCGCAAUCGAUCGAUCGUGCUGAUGAUUUUGCUGCAGAUGAACUGCAAGCUGGGUGGCACGCUGUGGAGCGUGAACAUACCGCUGAAGGAGACGAUGAUCUGUGGCAUUGACACGUACCACGAGGGAGUGAAGCGCACGAACUCGGUGUCCGCGUUCGUCGGAUCGCUGGAUGCGUCCUUCACGCACUGGUACUCGCGGGCCACGAUCCAGGAGCGCAAGGAAGAGCUGCUAAACGGUAUGUGCGUAUCGCUCGAGAAAACGCUGCAAGCCUACCGCAGACGCAACUGUACGCUGCCGCAGAAGAUCAUCAUAUUCCGCGACGGGGUGGCCGAUUCGAUGAUGAACGUAUGCGAAGAGUACGAGAUACCGCAGCUGGAGGCGGCCUGCAAGAAUAUAGCACCGGACUACACACCGAAAAUCACGUUCAUCGUGGUACAGAAGCGCAUCAUUACGCGGCUGUUCAGUAUGAGCGGAGAUGGGCUAGGGAAUGCUCCGGCUGGUAGCGUGCUCGAUCAUACCGUAACCCGCCGAUACAAGUACGACUUCUUCCUGGUCGCACAAGCCGUCAAGAUGGGCACGGUCACACCGACGCACUACAUUGUGCUGCGGGACGAUGCUCAAUUCUCGCCCGACAUUCUACAGCGGUUGAGCUACAAGAUGUGCUAUAUGUACUAUAAUUGGACGGGGACCAUUCGUGUGCCGGCCUGCUGUCAGUAUGCACACAAGCUGGCCUACCUGGUUGGACAAUCGGUCAAGCGUAUGCCGGCCGAAGCACUGAACGACAAGCUGUUCUACCUCUAGACAGGGGACACUCAUGUGCGGCGAUUCUCUGCUGUGGAUUCCGAGUUGGGCUCAGGUAGAGAACAAACGCGUUUGUUCGAUUUAAUCAAAACUUUUUACAUUAUCUUUCUGUUUUUUUUUUACUAACAUUUUUAAAAUGAUCAUCAAUUGGGAUGCAUUUGUAUGACAUUGUGUCACGAUUGCUGUGUUUGGUUGACCUGUGGUUCGUGGCAGGUUUGCCUAAUUAUUGAUAGCUACGAUCUCGCUAGAUUAACACGAUAUCGAACGCGAUUGACCCACAAUGGGUUCAAAAGGGAAAACAAUUUACAUACAUUGCACAUUAAUUGAAAUGCAAAUAAGUUCAUAUGAAAUCAUGUUGAAUGAAAUUCCAUAAACAAAACUUAACGUAUGUAUGAUUUUUCGCUAAAUUACUUUACUAAUUCCAUCGCUUCGUCUUUUAAGCUCAUCUGAUCUAUACAAAGCUAUCAGUCAAUGUGUGUAUCAUCCAUAUUCUUUUGCCGAAUUUUUCAUUUGUAGCUCUCUUGGUAACAGUUCUAACUACUUUAACAUCAUGAUAUGGGAAAAGAAUACCGUAUCAUGUUCCUUUUCUUCCAAACAUUGCCAAAAUGCUAUAAAACGGGUCAUCAGUUACAGUUUCUUUAGAUUGAAACCAGCAGCUGGCUUGAAAGGUGGAGCUUUAAGCUAUUUGAAUUUUUUUUUUGAUAAUAUUAUGUUUCGAUUCCAAAAUAUUUUGAUGUUUUUUUGUUUAAGUAAAAUGAAAAAAAAAUCUAAACAUAUCUGAUUGCAUUCACUAUGCAAUGUGAAUCUAAUGAACCAACGGAACAAAAUUUGAAUACUUUACCUUACUUUUGUGUAUCUUUGAAAAUUUAGAAUCUAGUUAUUAGUAUAGAGAUAAGAAAUACAAAGUUUAAGUUGUAUUGCCUUAUUCCAUCCGAAUGUUAAAUGUUUAACACUUUUGUCUAACGUUAUGAUUUAGAGGCGUUAACGUGACAUACUAAAUAAUCAGCAAUAGGAAGGAGAUGAAUGACAACACCGGUGUGAUAUCAAGUGCCAAAUUUAUCUCGUAAUAAAUAGAAUGCAUAUGACAAUAAAAAUAUAAAUACAUAAAUAGAAUGCAUAUAUAAUAUAAAAAGGAUACAAUUCUAGGUUAAACCUUCACGCAACUGCCAAAGACUGAUUAAUUAUCUGAUUUCCGAGGUUAUCCGAGGGCAGUGUAAAAAUAAAUCGUACAAAAAGUAA